AUGAUUAAUGAGAUCUCCCCCGACCAUGCCGAUUUACCAAAAAAGAACCACGAUGACUGCAUUUCCAGAGAUAAUGAAGGGGAGCAAUAUGACAUUAAUGCUGAAGAAAAAGGUGUGACGGGUGAAAUGAAUCAACUGCCCGAGCUGCAGCGAAGAUUGAAAAGUCGUCAUCUAUCGAUGAUAGCCAUUGGUAAGAUUGCCCUGGUCUAUUCUCCCCGAUUCUACUCACAGGACCUAGAUCUAAUCAAGAUAUACACAUACACAGGUGGCACUAUAGGAACUGGUCUCUUCAUUGGCAGUGGAACGGCAAUCGCCUAUGCCGGCCCCGUUGGUGCUCUACUCGCCUACAUCUUUGUGGGAACAAUCGUAUAUUCCGUCAUGACUUCGCUCGGAGAAGUCGCGACUUUUCUCCCUAUACCCGGUGCAUUUGCUUCAUAUGCAGCACGUCUGGUGGAUCCCAGUCUUGGAUUCGCCAUGGGGUGGAUAUACUGGUUUUCCUGGGCAUCCACUUUUGCUUUGGAGUUGACUGCCACUGGAAUGAUCAUUCAAUACUGGGAGAAGUCUGUUCCUAUCGCAGUAUUUAUUGCAGUCUUUUGGGUUUUGAUUAUUGUUUUGAAUUUGAUGCCUGUUAGUUAUUAUGGUGAAACUGAGUUUUGGCUAUCUAGUGUUAAGGUAAUCACUGUUAUUGGAUUUAUGAUAUUUGCUAUCUGUAUGAAUGCCGGAGUCGGCAAGGAAGGAUAUAUUGGAUUUCGGUAUUGGGUAAACCCAGGUCCAUUCAAUCCAUACCUACUAAGCAACCCUGAUCAAGACGCCCUUGCAAAGUUCAUCGGCUUCUGGGCCGUUUUAAUCAAAGCCGGAUUCUCCUAUCAGGGAACCGAGCUGGUGGGAAUUGCAGCGGGCGAAACUGAAAACCCACGGAAGACGAUUCCAUCUGCUAUUCGCAAGUCAUUCUUUCGCAUUAUCUUUUUCUUCAUUUUAACGAUUUUCUUCAUUGGCAUUGUCGUUCCAUCCACCGAUACACGUUUGACUGGUAGUGAAGGAACCGGCGCCAGUGCCAAUAACGCGAAUUCAGCACCUUUUGUCAUUGCGGCCAAACGCGCCGGCGUGAAUAUUCUACCGUCGAUCAUUAAUGCUGUCUUAUUGACUGUGGUGCUCUCUGCUGCAAACUCCAAUGUUUACAGUGGUAGUCGAAUCUUGGUUGGCCUGUCCUAUGAGGGGUUUGCGCCGCGUUGUUUCGCGCGAACAACUAAGUGGGGAGUGCCUUAUAUUAGCGUUGGAUUUACGGCUCUUUUUGGCUUACUGGGCUUUUUGAAUGUGUCCAAUGCAGGCAGCACGGUCUUCAAUUGGCUACUGCAAAUUGCCGGCUUAGCAGGGUUCAUUACCUGGACAUCUCUUAUUGUCUGUCACCUUGGCUUCAUGCGUGCAUUGAAGGCACGUGGAAUUUCGCGAGACACUUUACCUUACAAAGCGACUUGGCAACCAUACUUGUCUUGGUACGGACUCUUUUUCAAUGUCUUGAUCAUUAUUACGCAGGGAUUUACUUCCUUUAUGCCGAGUUUCAGUGUGACGAACUUCUUUAUCAACUACCUGAGCUUGAUAUUAUUUUUGCUGUUGUAUAUUGGGCACAAGGUCAUCAAGAGACCUUCAUUUGUACACCCUCUUGAGGCAGACAUUGACACUGGCAGAUCAGAGUUUGAUGAAGUGUGA